CCUUCUCUGCAGCUACCAUUCAGAGGGAAGACCCACUUCAACCUUUUCCUAAAAAUGCUCAAAACUCUCGGGAAAUCUACAUCCGAAGCCUAAGUGCGGAUUAAGGAUCGUCUCUCGACGGUUGAUGAGCGGUGGAUCUGUGGAGGAGGUGUUCAGACUCACCUCAUACUGUUAACAUGGAGGCCAAAGAGGAGUCGUCGACUGUGUGGACUACAGAUUCCAACAACGACACUGGAAAUACACCUCAGGUUCACUUUGAGGCAGGCGCAGUGGCUCAGAUCGUGUACAGUGGAGAUCAGUCUGAGCGCACUCAGCAGCAGGUUGUCUACGCUGCCGAUGGAAGCUCCUACACCUCCGUCGAGUCUGCCGAGCACACACUCGUUUACAUCCACCCUGCUGAUGGAACACAGGCAGUGUUUACAGACCAGCCCCAAGUGGCCUACAUUCAGCAAGAUGGCACAACGCAACAGGUGACUGUCCUGUUACCAAGCGGUCAAAACAUGAACACUGCCAAUCUGCAUGUAUUGAGUAACGUAGCUGAUGGCCCACAGGCGAUCCUCGAACCUGUGACACAGAGCCAGCUUGCUGUGACUAAUGCGGUUCUGCCCACCCUGGCAGAGGCCUCAUCAAGUCCCCUUGGGGCCACAGAUUCAACUGUAGACUCGGAGGACGAGGAAGAAGACAAUGAUAGUGAUGAUUCUGAAAUGGAUGAUUGGGAACCCAGGGCACUGCAGCCUUUUACCCCCCAAAACCUCUGGUGUGAAGACUGUAAUAACGCUAAUCCUGCCGCUUGCAUCAAACAUGGUCCUCUGCACCCCAUCCUGAACCGGCCUGUGAUGUCCAAGGCUCGAGCCAGUCUUCCUUUGGUCCUUUACAUCGACCGCUUCCUCAGCGGAGUCUUUACCAAACGAAGAAUCCCUAAACGCACACAGUUCGGUCCUCUCGAGGGCCCUCUGGUGCGACAGAGCGAACUGCUGGACGCACACAUCCAUCUCAAAUUAUACAUGUUAGACCCUGAGAAAGAAGGCGAGAGGGCGCAGGACCUGUGGUUUGACCUGUCUGAUGAAGAGCGCUGUAACUGGAUGAUGUUUGUCCGGCCGGCACAAAACCACCUGGAGCAGAACCUGGUGGCGUAUCAGUACGGCUCCGACAUUUUUUACACCAGCAUUAAGAACAUUCAACCCAAACAGGAGCUUAAGGUGUGGUAUGCUGCGUCAUAUGCUGAGUUUGUCAACCAGAAGGUUCAUGAUGUCACAGAAGAAGAGAGAAAAGUUUUGCGUGAACAGGAGAAGAACUGGCCGUGUUAUGAGUGUAAUAAACGUUUCAUGAGCUCAGAGCAGCUUCAGCAGCACUUAAACAUGCAUGAUGACAAGCUCAACCUCAUCCAAAGGCCAAAGGGUCGCGGCCGAGGAAGGGGCAGGAAACGUUUCGGAGCCGCAAGACGACCAGGACGCCGUACGAAAUUCCUCUGCCCACAGACUCCUGCUGAGAGCGCUGAAAACACACAGGAGCUGCUGGCAUCUGUAGAUAAACUACAGUUUGAAGAGAGGACUGACGGAGCUCUGAAUGGCCUGAAGGUGGUGGAGAUGGUGGCUGAAUCGAUGGAAACUGAAACAGAAGAUGCGCUUGAUCCUCCACCGAUCCACACAGAGACUCUGGAAGAUGAAGCAGAUUCUGUCACUCCUCCUCCAGUCACAGAAAUCCCAGAAUCUGUCAAAGAAGACCUGUCCCAGACGAGCCCCACAGACCCUCACCUCACCCCGCAAGACAUGAGGAGGGCCAGGAGAAUCAGGAAUGCUGCACUCAAGCAUCUGUUCAUCCGCAAGUCCUUUCGACCCUUUAAAUGUCCCCAGUGUGGGAAAGCCUUCAGAGACAAAGAGAAGCUGGAGCAGCACAUGCGGUUUCACGGACGGGACGGCUGUCGUCACGUGUGCCAUCAGUGCGGGAAGGGUUUUCUGAGCAGCACAUCUCUGGAGAAUCACCUGCAACUGCACUCAGAUCAGCGUAACUAUUCCUGCCUGUUCUGCGCUGAGUCCUAUGACCGACUGGAGCUGCUCAAAGUGCACGUCGGGAUUCACAUGGUCAAUGGCUGCUUCUUGUGUCCGUCCUGCAAGAAAAGCUUUACAGACUUCAUACAGGUCAAGAAACAUGUCAGGAGUUUCCACUCAGAGAAGGUCUUCCAGUGCAGUGAGUGUGAUAAAGCUUUCUGCCGGCCUGAUAAACUGCGGCUCCACAUGCUGCGCCACUCCGACCGCAAGGACUUCCUGUGCUCCACCUGUGGAAAACAAUUUAAGAGGAAAGAUAAGCUACGGGAGCACAUGCAGCGGAUGCACAACCCUGAACGCGAGGCCAAAAAAGCGGACCGCAUCCACCGAACUAAAGCUCUGAAGCAGAAGGAGCCCACCACUGACUUCGAGAGCUUCAUGUUCAAAUGCAGACUCUGCAUGAUGGGCUUCAGGAGACGAGGAAUGCUGGUGAAUCACCUGUCUAAACGCCAUCCGGAGAUGCGAUUGGAGGAGGUUCCAGAGCUGACACUGCCCAUCAUCAAACCCAACAGAGAUUACUACUGCCAGUACUGUGAUAAGGUGUAUAAAAGUGCCAGUAAAAGGAAGGCUCACAUUUUAAAGAACCACCCCGGUGCAGAGUUGCCCCCGAGUAUCCGAAAGCUGCGUCCGGCAGGGCCAGGAGAGCCUGACCCGAUGCUGAGUACACACACCCAACUGACGGGCACCAUUGCCACCGCUCCGGUGUGCUGCCCGCACUGCGCCAAACAGUACAGCAGCAAGACAAAAAUGGUCCAGCACAUCCGGAAGAAGCAUCCGGAAUAUCAGUACAACAGCAGCAGCAACAUCCAGGCUCCUCUGGCUGCUACGGUUAUCAGCAGCGCUCCUACGGUCAUCACUACAGACGGUACUACUGCGGAGGCCGUUGUGACGACGGACCUGCUGACUCAGGCCAUGACGGAGCUUUCACAGACUCUGACCACAGACUACCGGACAGCACAGGGAGACUUCCAGAGAAUCCAGUACAUCCCUGUUUCUCAGGCGGGAGGAGGCCUGUCACAGCCUCAGCACAUACAGCUGCAGGUGGUGCAGGUGGCCCAGGCGUCUUCUCCUCACUCCCAACACUCUACAGUAGAUGUGAGUCAGUUGCAUGAUCCUCACAGUUACAGUCAGCACUCCAUUCAGGUUCAGCACAUUCAGGUGGCAGAGCCCACAGCGACAGUGCAGACAAAUGCACAGGUGUCAGGUCAGCCUCUAAGCCCCUCCUCUCAGCAAGCGGCUCAGGAGCUGAGCACUGCCCAGUUGACUCCAGUAACCCUGGCUCAACAGACUCUACAGACGUCAACCAAUCAGACGCAAGGAGCCACACAACAUGCCUACCUGCCAAGCAACUGGAACUAUAGGAGUUAUCCCUCUGAGAUCCAGAUGAUGGCUCUUCCUCACACUCAGUAUGUGAUAGCUGAGGCCAGCACUCCCGUCACAGCAGCUGUCAACAGCAGUCAGGUAAAAACGACACACUAUGUGAUCUCAGAAGGACAGACUGAGCUGGACGGUAAGCAGGUGAGCGUCCCAUCCGCUGCCACACAGGUUCACCCUGACCCACUGGAGCAGCAGGCGGGCGGCCAACAGACCACCACACAAUACAUCAUUACCACCACCACCAAUGGGACGGGGGCCAGCGAAGUCCACAUCACCAAACCCUGACACACACAAACAAACAGAUCAAUGACCUCACAUGAGCAGACAGAUUUAUUUUUAUUCCCUUAAAGAGCGAAAACAAUGAACUUUAAAUACUCAAGAUGUUUUUUAUGAAAUAUGAGAACACUGGAGUGGUUAACUGUGUUUCUAGAGACCCAAAAAGAGCUAAUUUCAGGAGCUACCAUUACUUGUGCCAUCCUGCCUCUUUUAUCAUCUCAUUCAAUUGUUUUCCCUUUAUUUUUUAUUUGUUCCAUUCGGUAAAGUAUUGAGAGAUUAUAUAUUUUCAUUUCACUUUUACAGAUGAUUAUUAAAUUGGAUUUAGUUCGAAUAUGUUUGAAUUUCUGAAGAACGCACAGUUUAAUGUGUUUCACUCAGCUUCUGUAGUGUCAAAUAUUCUAAAGGAGAAGUAAAAUGAAAAUCCUAAAUUAGGGGUGUCCAAACUCGGUCUUGGAGGGCCGGUGUCCUGCAGAUUUUAGCUUCAACUUGCCUCAACACACCUGCAAGGAUGUUUUUAGAAAGCCUAGUAAGAGCUUGAUUAGCUAGCUCAGGUGUGUCUGAUUGGGGUUGGAACUAAACUUUGCAGGACAUCAGACCUCCAGGACUGAGUUUGGGCAUCACUGUUUUAAAUUAAAUACAGCAAAAAAAAAAUUCUUAGAUAUUUUUGUCUUGUUUCUAGUCCAAAUAUCUAAACAUUCUUAAAUCAACAAGCAUUUUCUAGACAGGCAAACAAUAUUGUAUGGUUUUCAGAAAUAAUAUGCCAAAAAUAAGUGACAUUUUUCUUAAAACAAGUUAAAUAGAGCCAAUGGCAUGAGCAAAAUAUCAUAGUUUUUUCAUU